UCUGUCUGUGUGUGUGCUUUGCUGCCGUGGCAACUAGAGUUACCACAUACUAAUAUUUUAGGUUGCCUUACAUAAUCGUCUGCUUUUGUCAAUGCAGAGAGUGGAUCUCCAGUACACGAGGCACCGGGGGGGCCGUUAGCUCGGAGCCCUGGGCUCAUCGCUGCUCCACUAACUGACCACUGUGCAGUCGUAAGACAGAUUUACUGUCUCAUCAGCUGCUUUUAAGCCCACUCCCUACCUCCAGUCUCAACACAGGAAUCCUCUCAAGACUCUUGUGAUCCUCUGUGCUUUUUUCUUUUCUUGGCAGCCGAGGUAGAUGGUGCGCUAAGACUUUAAAGGGAGGGAUAUAAAGAAAAACAGUGAACUUGGAAGAUGGAAAGAAGCUUUUCUAUAAGGGGGAAACCAAACACCUGGUCAUUUGUAUCAGUGACACAAGACUGUGCGGCGGGUUUCUGGUGCGUGGUCGAGCCUGAACGCCUCUACAGACUGCAGAGUCUGACGUCCGUGUGAAGUCUGUCUUUUGUCUGCAAAGUGCAGUCGGGUCCAUAAGUAUUUGGACGGUGACACAAUGUUUGUAAUUUUGCCUGUGUUCUCCAAAACAAUGGAUUUGAAACAAAGCCAUCAAGAUGUGAUUGAGGCGGAGCGCAGCGCCUGCGAUGUCAACAUCCUCAGCAUCCCGGUGCCCAUCCGUCGCGGCGGCUCGGAGUCCAACCUGGACGUGGUGGACAGCGUCGGGGAUGACGGAGUGGGGCUGGAUUUCACCAAGGGAGCACUGGGUAUCGACAGUCUGCAGCAGAAGAUCCUCAAGGUGACGGAGCAGAUUAAGGUGGAGCAGGCGGCUCGGGACCAGAAUGUGGCGGAGUACCUGAAGCUGGUGAACAACGCCGACAAGCAGCAGGUGUCACGUAUCCGCCAGGUGUUUGAGAAGAAGAACCAGAAGUCAGCGCAGACCAUCGCCCGGCUGCAGAGGAAGCUGGAGCAGUACCACCGUCGCAUGAAGGACAGCGAGACCAACGGCAAGCACAGCCACAAGGAUGGCAGCAGCAAGGAGUCCGGGACUCACAGCAAGGAGGGCAGCCUGCGGGACGUCAGCGCCACCGGGCGACACCCGGCGCUGGAUAAAGUGAAGACGAUCGGGCCCGGCGUGUCGCUCUCGCCGCCGUUCUUUUUCAACAAGUCGCGGGAGUUCGCCAACCUCAUCAGGAACAAGUUUGGCAGCGCCGACAACAUCGCCCACCUCAAGAGCUCCAUGGAGUCGGGGUCAGGGCUGCAGGUGGAGGGCGGGGCGAGGGGUCUGAGCGGCAGCGCCACCACAGUAGCCAAGCCCACCAAGUACCAGAGCGACGACGAGUGCUCCACCGGGACGUCCGCAUCCGCUGACUCUAACGGGAACCCGGCGGGGGGUUCGGGGGCAGGGUCCGGGGGUCCUGGGAGGUCGGACUCCAACGGGCGUCUGGGGGAGGUGCUGGACAUUGUGCGGGAGAUCAGGGAGGCUCAGGGACAGCUGGCCGAGGACAUGGAGACUAUGAACGCACAGUUCAAACGAGACUACAGCUACUUCACACAGGUGCUGCAGGAGGAACGAUACAGGUAUGAGCGGUUGGAGGACCAGUUAAAUGACCUGACAGAGCUGCACCAGCAUGAGACCAGUAAUCUGAAGCAGGAGCUGGCCAGUAUUGAGGAGAAGGUGGCUUAUCAGGCCUAUGAGAGGGCCAGGGACAUACAGGAGGUCCUGGAGUCGUGUCAGACCCGUGUGUCGAAGCUCGAGCUGCAGCAGCAGCAGCAACAGACGGUUCAGCUGGAAAACACCGACGCCAAGGUGCUGCUGGGGAAGUGCAUCAACAUCAUGCUGGCCAUCGUCACCGUGAUCCUGGUGUGCGUCUCCACGGCGGCCAAGUUCACCGCCCCACUGCUUCGUAGUCGCUUCCACCUGGCGCUCACCUGCGUGGGCGUGUCCCUGUUAGCGCUGCUGUGGAAGAACUGGGAACAUCUGCAGUGCGCUUUGGAACGAUUGCUCCUCCCGCACUGAUCCACUCUGGACGACAAAAUGAGACCAGAAACACUUUGUCCAAACCCUGGAGUCCAGGUCUCCCAGGAGGUGUGUUGUCAUGGCAACACAAAAACUGGGGAGGAGUUUACAUGUAGCCUUACACCAGCCCCAGCUCCCCAGCAAUUUUGGGCUCCACGUCGACUUGAUUUAUGGCUUUGUGCUUUGCAUGUCUAAAUGGGGUCCACACAGAUCCACAGUAAUUCCAACCAACAACACACAGAUGUAAGCUGAUAUACAACUGAACCAGUGCGACAAAGCUCUACUACGAAUGCUCAAGGUGCAAACACACACACAUGGCACGAAGCUGCCAUAAAGGUAAAUCACUACACUAAGAACAAUCAGACAAAAACAGGAUAAAUCAGCUGGAGAUGAUCAGAUAUGAGCUAUUUUAUCGGCUCCUCUGGUCGUCAGGAGACUCUGGAUCGCACCUACAGACACUAAAGUCUAAAUAUAAACAAGUGGGCUUUUAUUGCGGCGUGGAAAUACAGUGAUUAUUCGGUGUCCUUAAAGGGAAGAGCACCUGUUACAGCACCACCUCACACCUCUAAACAAACACUCGCUGGCUGUGUGUGCGUAAUGCCAGUCGAUCCGUUCUGCCUCCUUGUACACCAGCCAGCUGUCACUAACAACAAAGACACAUCCACCUGAAGGUUGAUUUGUGUUGUGUGUCUGUACUACACUGUAUUUAUGUGGUGUUUUUUCUCGUCAGUGUCUCAUUCAAAAGGACAAUUUUGAAGCCUGGGACACGUUGUUUUAAGCCGUGGUUGUGUUUGUGUCUGUCUGAGUGUGUCAGUUUGUGUACUGUACGCCUGCUUGUGUGUGUCUGUACUGUGUUUCUUAAAGGAAUAGUUCGACAUUUUGGGAGAUUGAUACCACUUUCAUGUUAGAAAUAUGAAGCUAGAGCCAGGAGAUGGUCAGUUUAGCUUAGCAUAGCUAGCCUGGCUCUGACUGAAAGAUGAAGUCACUUUCGGUGUAGCCUGUGGGACUAUUUUCACACACUAAAUAAAUAUAUUGAUUCUUGUGCUUUAAAGGUGCUUGACGGCAGAUUUUAUUACCUUUUUAAAAUAGCUAUAUGUAAGUUUUGCUAUUGCUACGUAGCCAACGUUAGCAUGAACAGCUGUUUACUUACAGGUCUUGUUAAGAGCUUCAGCCUCGUUUACAAGACGAGGUUAUAAUGCGUCCUCUGAGCAGCUACUUCUUCGGCGAAGACUUCAUCGUAGUGUAGACAUCAUAGUGACUCGGUAUCGGAAAGGGUAGCGAGACCAAGGCUAGCUGGUUAGCAUGCUAACUUCAGCAGAAGAAAAGGAGUGAUAGAAAUAGAAGCAAAAGAAGUGGGUUGCUCGUCAUCACUGGAGACAGAUCUUAGAGUAAUGGAAUGAAGUUUGAUGCUCAACUUGCAACUGGUAAGUAAACAGCUGUUAAUGCUAACGUUAACUUUGUAGCAAUAGCAAAACUUACAAAUAUCUCCUUUAUAAUAUUUAGUUUUUAACUUUCAGCAAGAAAGCUUAUAAGCGUAUUUCCCAAAAUGUCAAACCAUUCCCUAAGAGGAAAGCUUAUGAACUGCCUCCUGUCAUGUUCAUUUGAAACUGAAAAUCUGUUUUUAUGUUUUCCGGCUUCUCAAAGCGAUUUGAGAGAAGAAAAAAAAGAAUUAAAACUUGGUCCGUUAAGUUGUUUUACUCAGUUCCAAAGACUGCAGCUUUAACAUCAACCAGCUAGCAUGUAAACUGUGAGGAAGGCCUACCUGAGAGAGCAGCACUGACUUUUAAUAGGAGAAGAGAAGCAGAGCCCAUCUGUGAUUCCUCCUCUGCGAUUAGAGACAAAGCUCCGAAUGCAAACACGUCUGACUUAAAGAUCCUGAUUUUAUUGAAUUGCCUUUUUACACGAGGUUGAACAGAACAAAUUAGCUUCUGUGUGAAGCCUUUGUUGUCUUGUUGCAUUCAUGUCCAGUGGGAAUUACAGUAAACCAGACUUGAAAGGUUUCCCACCUGUUGAAACUUGUUUUAAGCCACAGAAAAAGACCAUGGCUGAUCGCUACUGAGCAAUUUAAUCACUCAUAUUAAUUCCCGUCAGCCUUUUCACACUUGAAGGUGUUGCACAGCUGCGAACUGACUCAUUGGAGAUGAUGUCUGAAACGAGCACAGGAAGUCCUGCCGUCAUAUUUUAAGACUUUUGAAUCGUAACGACCUGGAGGAUGAAAACUGCUCCGUUUUUGGUUCGUCUGUUCUUGCACUAAAACACUGAAAUGCAAGAAACCUAGAAAAAUCUUUUCCCAAGCAGAAUUUACCCAUAAGAUGAUUGAAUAAUAAUAAUAUAAUAAUAAUAUAUUGACGUGAGUGGUAAAAUCAGUAUCAUAGUGGCUGUUUUUCCCGAGCGACAUGAACGCAGCAUCACAGACUGGACGGAGGGAACUGAACAAUGUAGCUCCAUGCUCCCAAACCCUGUGUCACCGUGGUGAUGACGGGUUGAAAUGGGACUGAUGCCUUUUCAAUGCAGCUUAUUUCUUUUACUGUGUAACUCUAUAUUCUGUUUAUGCCCCUUCAAAAAAAAAAAAAAAAAAGGCCAAAAGCCAAAUAUGGAGAUUUUUAAGGCACCAUAGCCUCUUUAAAUAACACUGAAAUUCUUUUAUUUUUUUGUUGUUUUUGUACCAUUAGUCAUUGAUGCUUUUUCCAAAUUGGCCCAAACACUAUUUCUAUCUUCAGGAGAGACAUGCACCUUCUCUACAAAGCUGUAUUUGUAAGUCCAUAAUGUAUAUUUUCAAUUUACUGUCUCUUCUAUGUGCAUUAGUUUCUAGUUAUGAGUUUUCCAUGACAUUAUUUUUUUCAAAUGAGAAAAUAAAUCUUUGUUGUUUUUUUUUCUAAGAUUGUUCCUGUUUCCU